ACAAUUCCCACAUCGUACAGUGACACACCACUCGCGUCACUGACUCAGUCCAUCGCAGAACGAACACUGAGAUCAUAGAACAAAACAACACGAUGGCUAAAACGACGUCGUUGCUUCUCUGUGCACUCUUUCUCUUUGGAACUCUAACUCUUAUUCAGGCAAAGAAGUCGAAGGAGGAUUUGAAGGAAGUGACUAACAAAGUUUUCUUUGAUGUUGAGAUUGAUGGAAAGGCUGCAGGUCGUAUUGUAAUUGGUCUUUUUGGGAAGACAGUUCCAAAAACCGCAGAAAACUUCCGAGCUCUUUGCACAGGUGAAAAGGGAACUGGUAAAAGUGGAAAGCCUCUUCAUUACAAAGGUAGCUCAUUCCAUAGGAUUAUACCUAACUUUAUGAUCCAAGGUGGUGAUUUUACACAAGGCAAUGGUAUGGGCGGAGAAUCAAUUUACGGAGAGAAGUUUCCAGAUGAGAACUUCAAGUUAAAGCAUACCGGACCAGGAAUUUUAUCAAUGGCAAAUGCUGGUCCUGAUACCAAUGGUUCACAAUUUUUCAUUACAACUGUGACAACUAGCUGGUUGGAUGGAAGGCAUGUUGUUUUCGGAAAGGUGGUUUCGGGAAUGGAUGUUGUUUACAAGAUUGAAGCUGAAGGAAACCAAAGUGGAACUCCCAAGAGCAAGGUUGUGAUUGCUGAUAGUGGUGAACUACCUCUAUAAAUGCAUCCUCCAUAUCUCAACAAGGAUUCGUGUUGAAGAUGUUUGAGUUUUCAUUUCCUUUCCACCUACAGGACUAUAUAUCUUUUACAAGCAUGUGCUAUUAUGUCAACAGUUAGUUCUGUCUUUAUGAUAAUUUAGAAGAUGAAUUUCCAAUUAAUGAUAAAAGAGAACAAAUGGCAUUUGUUUUUUUUUUUAAGAAGCAAAAAAAAAAGGCAUUUGUUAACAUGAAAUUUGUAGAAGGAAAUCCAAUUAUACAGGCAGUGGAGUAAAUUUGGAUUGGUUGCAUCCCAAAUAUGCAUGUAAGGGAGGAAGCCUUUUGCUCAAGUCAUAUCCAAGCAUGUUUAGUUUCAUUUUGGGAGGAUUUAAAA